AUGACCGAAGCGGCUGUACUGACUUGCGUGAAACUUUGCAAGGCCUCCACGUACAUAAACAUAUCGGACUCUGGAAAUGUCACUUUUGUGCUUGUCAAAUCUGUUAUUAAUGACUUAAAGACCCUUCUCUUCAAUCCAUCCAAGGCGUUCUUCCGGAGCAACUACAACCCCGGAUACUCCGAUUUAGACCUGAUGACCGACUGUUUCGUCUCCCUCUUCAGGAUUAUGCCUCACACAAAUGACGCUAUGAAAGUCUGUCUGAACCUUAGCAGCAACAGCUUCUAUCACUCUGUUAUUGUUAACUCACUCCUAAGGAUUAUAAACCAACCCCGCUUGCCCUGGUGGCCUCAAAUUGAGCUGCUGUACCCUCGCGCAGCGGAGUUACGAGCUAUGUUCACGGACACUUUGAAUAAGGCUACACAGGGUUACAUAGCGCAUACGCCGCUCCGCAUGAUAUCCUUGUCACUCAAGGCGAAAGAAAGCAAGAUAGAAGAGAUACCGGUGUACAAGACGUUACUUCUGUAUCUAGUGAAGCUGAUACACGCUGACCCUAUGCUGAUGCUCAGUAACCCAGGUCGUUCAGGAGUAGAAAUUCAGUCUGCAACUACUGAGCUGAUCAACGGUCUCGUAUCACUAGUCCAUCACACCGAUAUGGGAGAAAUAUCUCAAGAGGCAAUGGACGCGCUGCUUGCCCUGCACAAACCGGAUAUGGUCCAAAUGUGGAACCCAGAGGCACCUCUUAAUACCUUUUGGGAUAUAAGUUCACAAGUGGUGUACAGUAUAAGCCAAAAGCUAAUACAACGUCAGAUAAGCAACUAUAGAGAGGUUCUUCGCUGGCUCCGCGACGUGUUGAUAUGUCGGAACGAGUUUCUCUCCAAACACAAGGAAUACGCUAACGUCGGGUCACAGAUACCUAUUUGCAAGCAAGCUCAUAUUAAGUUAGAGGUGGUCUUCUUAAUGUGCUUAUGGUCUAUUGACACCGAAGCGGUUCUCGUGGCUAUGUCCUGCUUCGCCCUGCUUUGUCGCGAGGCGGAUAUCCGGUGUGGCGCUGAUGACCUAUCAACGCAUUGCCUGUUGCCCAACUACUCUGUGUUUCAGGAAAUCGCUCAAACUUCAACUGUGCUGACCACUAGUACAGCUGCUCUGCAAAAGCGAAUAAUGGCCCUACUGAGAAAAAUAGAACACUGUGUAAAUGGCAUACAACCAGUUUGGGAGGAAACAUUUAGAUGUUGGGAUUCCCUGUGCAAACUUCUUCAAAAGUACCCUAAAGGGUUUGGCAUGAUGGAAGACGGAACAGAGCCCCUUCAUCGAGCUAAAAGAAGAGUCUCACACCAUACCAGUGCAGAACAUGAUUUUGAAAUGCAAAUACAGGAAUGGGCAAAUAUAACAUCAUUCCUAUGCGCUUUGGGCGGUGUGUGUUUGCAAAGAAAACCCACAACUGUAUGGGCUCUUGGUCACGAUUCCAGAAAAUACCAUGUUUUGGCAAACAGCACGCAGGAAGUCCAAUAUUGUCCAGUAACUCAAUUCAUAGGCCAACUGCUUCGCCUUUUGCUAUGCAACAAUGAACGCUUCGCUGCUCAUAUACAAUGUCAUGUGAAGGAACUAGUGGGCAAGGAAAUGUCUCCAGCAUUAUAUCCCAUACUAUUUGAUCAAAUUAAAGCCAUUGUCGAUAAGUUCUUCGAUCAACAACAACAGGUUAUGCUGACAGAAAUGAACACUCAAUUCGUGGAGCAUACGAUUUUCAUCAUGAAGAGUAUACUUGAUAAUAAUAACAGCAAUAAGGGUGUGGGCCAGCCCGAGCAUCUUAGCAGUACUUCGAUUGAAGGCCUCAUGUUGGCUAUUGUCAGGUAUGUUCGUCAUCUGGACAUGACUGUUCUGUCGGUGCACAUAAAAACGAAGCUCUGCCAAGUGGUCGAAGCUAUGAUGAGGCGUCGCGACGAUUUGUCGUUCAGACAGGAAAUGAAAUUUCGCAACAAAAUGGUGGAAUAUGUGACCGAUUGGGUUUUGGGGACCAGCCAUCAAAUUGCGCCGCCUUUGAGGGCGGAUGCUUCAUCUAUUACCAGGCAUGUGAUGUGUCCCAGAGAGCUGGACCAGGCCUGCAUGGAGGCGGUGGCUGCGCUGCUCAAAGGGCUCCCGCUGCAGCCUGAGGAGUCAGACCGGGGGGAUCUGAUGGAGGCCAAGAGCCAGCUCUUUCUCAAAUAUUUCACAUUAUUCAUGAACCUCUUGAAUGAUUGCAAUGAAGUGGAGAUUACUGAAGGACCCGGCCGUCUCGACACCUUGAGAAAAGCCACAAUCCAGGCUAUGUCUAAUCUUCUUAGUGCUAAUAUUGACUCUGGAUUGAUGCAUAGUAUCGAUCUUGGCUACCACCGAGACUUACAGACUCGCGCUGCCUUCAUGGAGGUGUUGACUAAGAUACUUCAGCAAGGUACAGAGUUCGAUACUCUGGCAGAAACGGUACUGGCUGAUAGAUUUGAGCAGCUAGUUCAAUUGGUUACGAUGAUAUCUGAUAAGGGUGAACUACCGAUAGCGAUGGCGCUGGCGAGUGUAGUCAGUACGUCACAAAUGGAUGAGCUAGCAAGGGUAUUCGUCACUCUGUUUGAUGCUAAACACCUACUAGCUCCACUUCUUUGGAAUAUAUUCUACAGGGAGGUUGAGGUCUCAGACUGUAUGCAAACUCUUUUCCGAGGCAACUCGUUAGGUAGCAAGAUAAUGGCCUAUUGCUUUAAGAUAUACGGACAUACAUACUUACAAAGUCUUUUGGAACCAAUCAUAAACUCUCUUUUGGAACAACCUGAGUUGAGUUUUGAAGUCGAUCCCGCAAGACUGGACCCAAGCGAAGACAUAGACGUGAACAGAGCAAAUUUGAUAGAACUCACGAAGGAAGUCUUUGAACGUAUCGUCAACUGUGCCGAUAUGUUCCCCCCACAAUUGAGGAGCAUGUGCCACUGUUUGUAUCAGGUUUUGAACAAACGAUUCGCUCAGUUUCCCCACACUAGUGUUGGUGCUGUUGGUACUGUACUCUUUUUGAGAUUCAUCAAUCCGGCUAUUGUUUCACCACAAGAAAUGGGCAUAGUCAACAGACCGAUACCACCCCAAAUAAAGCGAGGCUUGAUGCUGAUGUCCAAGAUAUUGCAGAACAUCGCAAACCACGUGGAGUUUUCCAAGGAGCAGCAUAUGUUGCCAUUUAAUGACUUCCUUCGAAUUCAUUUUGAAACUGGACGCAAAUUCUUCAUACAAAUAGCAUCUGACUGCGAAAGCGUGGAGCAAGCGGCUCAUAGUCUAUCGUUUAUCAGCGACGCGAAUGUGUUGGCGUUGCAUCGGCUUCUGUGGAAUCAUCAAGAGAGGAUUGGGGACUAUCUAUCGAGUAGUCGCGAUCAUAAGGCGGUUGGACGGCGGCCCUUUGACAAGAUGGCAACACUACUGGCUUAUCUAGGUCCACCAGAACACAAGCCCGUGGAAUCAACUUCAAGUCUCCUAUUUUCAUCAUACGCGCGCUGGUCUUCCAUAGACAUGUCUUCCACGAACUUCGAAGAGUUCAUAGUGAAGCACAAUAUGCAUCAAAAGGAGGAGUUUAAGAGUAUCAAAAGUUUGAACAUCUUCUACCAAGCGGGGACCAGUAAACUCGGCAAUCCUGUAUUCUAUUUUAUCUCUAGGAGAUAUAAAAUCGGUGAAGUGAACGCCGACCUGCUGAUAUACCACGUCAUCCUCACACUGAAGCCGUUCUGCCAACAGCCCUUCGAGCUGAUCAUCGACUUCACCCACACCAACUCUGAUAACAGGUUCAGAACGGACUUCCUUCAGAAAUGGUUUACAGUGCUCCCGGAAGUUGCGUACACCAAUAUUCAGGCUUGCUAUAUAUACAAUUGCAACAGCUGGGUUCGCGAGUAUACAAAGUUUCAUGAAACAAUUUUAGCACCAUUAAGGGGCAACCGGAAACUGAUAUUCAUAGACAAUCACGCUCGUCUAUGCGAUUACAUAGACUCGGAGCAGCAAAAGUUGCCAGGAGCGACACUGGCGUUGGAGGAAGACCUCAAAGUGUUCAAUAACGCGCUGAAACUGUCACAUAAGGAUACCAAAGUUGCCAUAAAGGUUGGUCCUACAGCGCUGCAGAUUACUUCGGUGGAGAAAACCAAAGUUCUUGGAUUUCCUGUUCUCUUGAACGAUGUUUAUUAUGCAUCAGAGAUUGAUGAGGUUUGUCUGGUGGAUGACAACCAGUUUUCGCUGUCCAUCGUAAAUGAGGCGACGCCGCUUAGUUUUAUUCAUAACGACUGCGAUAAUAUCGUGCAGUCGAUCAUACAUAUACGGAAUAGAUGGGAGCUGAGUCAGCCGCAAGAUUCAGUGACCGUCCAUCAGAAGAUAAGACCGAAGGACGUACCGGGAACUCUUCUCAAUAUGGCCCUCCUAAACUUGGGUUCUUGCGAUCCGAACCUACGUACCGCCGCCUACAAUCAGCUGUGCGCACUGACCGCCACUUUUCAUCUAAAAAUCGAAGGGCAGUUGUUGGAAACGUCAGGGCUUUGCAUUCCAUCAAAUAACACAAUAUUUAUAAAAUCUGUCAGCGAGAAACUGGCGCAUAACGAACCACAUCUAACGCUGGAAUUCUUAGAGGAGUGCAUUCAGGGUUUUCGAGGUUCCACGAUUGAAUUAAAACAUUUAUGUCUAGAAUACAUGACGCCGUGGCUCGCUAAUUUAGUCAAGUUCUGCAAGCCGACAGAAGAAUCGCGUAGACAGAAACAAGUUGCGCAGAUUCUAGAGAAACUAAUCGAUCUGACAAUUGAGGAGACGGAGAUGUAUCCAUCUGUGCAGGCCAAGAUUUGGGGCUCGAUUGGCCAUGUGCCGGAGCUGAUCGACAUGGUGUUAGACAGCUUCAUACAGAGGAGUGUGGACUCCGGUCUUGGAUCUCCCAUGAUAGAAAUAAUGGCGGACACAGCAGUUGCCUUGGCUUCGGCUAAUGUACAGCUUGUGUCUAAGAAAGUCAUUGGACGCAUGUGUAGAGCGCUAUCGAAGCUACCCAAUAACACAUUGGGCCCUAUUACUCUAGCUACUGUUGUCGACAAGACGUGUCACUCGCCAACAGCGAUGCUGGAACAGCACAUGAUGUGGGACGACAUAGCAAUACUAGCGAGAUACUUGUUGAUGCUGUCAUUCAACAAUUGCUUGGAUGUGGCGCGUCACUUGCCGUACCUGUUCCACACAGUCACUUUCCUGGUCUGCUCUGGGACUGUUUCUAUGCGAGCUGCCACUCAUGGCCUGGUCAUCAAUAUCAUCCACUCGCUGUGUACUUGCAAUUCACCUACCUUUUCAGAGGAAACUCAACGUCUGCUAAUGCUCUCCUUGGAUGAGUUCGCUCUGCCGAAGUUCUACCAGAUGUUCGGGAUAUCGAAGGUCAAAUCAGCAGCUGUCACCGCCUUCAGGAGUCCAUAUCAUAGACAUACUGGCGAUUGGUACUCAGAACACUCCUAUGGCUGCAGCCAGUCGUCCUGCAUCAUGGGACCGAUAAUGGCGUCGUCUGUGACCGACCGCGAGAGACUCCCGCUUCAGUCAUUGGAGACAAUCACGGACGCCCUUCUCGAAAUCAUGGAGGCGUGCAUGCGAGACAUCCCGGACUGUGAUUGGUUGAAGACAUGGACGUCUCUAGCCAGAAGCUUUGCGUUCUGCUUCAAUCCUGCGUUGCAACCGAGGGCGCUAAUAGUAUUCGGCUGUAUUAGUAAGAAUGUAACAGAUGACGAUAUGAAACAACUUCUUCGGAUAUUAGUGAAAGCGCUGGAAUCCUUCAAUGAUAUGGCUCUGCUGGAAGCGAUAAUCAUGUGUUUGACCAGACUGCAGCCGUUGUUGGAUGCGGAAUCUCCCAUACACAAAGCAUUGUUCUGGGUGUCUGUGUCUGUACUUCAACUAGACGAACCGACACUGUAUGCUGCUGGACUCGCUCUUCUAGAACAGAACCUUCACACCCUCGAUUCUCAGGGACACUUUGAGACUAAGACGUUGCAGCAGGUAAUGAUGGAGACCAGAGAGCCUCUGGAGUGGCACUUCAAACAGCUAGAUCACGCGGUUGGACUCAGUUUCCGAUCGAACUUCCACUUCGCACUAGUGGGUCACCUGGUGAAGGGGUACAGGCAUCCAGCGCCUGGCACGGUUUCGCGGACUGCUCGAGUUCUCAGCGCUUUACUGGCGCUAGUGGCUAAACCAGAUAGAGACAAGUUCAAAGCCACGCAGCAUACAGUUGCUUAUUUAACUGCUCUGGUGUGUGUGAGCGAGGAAGUAAGAUCACGCUGUCCCGUCAAACACUCGCUGCCGAAAUGGUUACUGGCUGACAAUUGUGACCACUAUUGUCCAGCCGCUGAUCAUUUACAGUCCUCCAUGUUAAUACAAGGGCGGGUGUCGUCCACAUCAUGUCAUAGCCGUCGACAGAAAUCCUGGGACAUAUUGGAGCAAACAUCGACGUAUGGUGGUAAAUCCCCGACUGUUCCAUCGUCUAGUAAUGGCGGUCAGAGCCCACAUCCAUCCAACAUAUCACAUCAGGACAGCGAAGGUCGUGCGCAUAGUGUGCAGCACGGCGCUACUGGUGAUGCUGCAAGGGAAAGCACAGAAGAUACACCAGAUGUGGACGACGACGGCCGUGACUCCCAAGGCAGCAUAGAUGACUCGGAACGCCCGGCCUCCACCAAGUCUGGUGAUAGCUACCCAGCAUCUGAAGAUAAGAGGAGGCGAUCUAAAUCACAAGCGAUGAGCGUCACGCGAUCUCCACCGGAACGUGCAAGUGGUUCACUGCAAGACUUACGUGAUCUAUCCGCGGUCACAUCUGACAGUAAAUGCUUACAUAGAAAACGGAAACAGCCGGACGAGGACAGUCGGGUGACAGAACAGCUUACUAUAUUUCGACAGGAAAUGAUGGAUUUUUUCCGGGACUUCAAGAAAUCACAAGAUGAGUACUAUAGCGAAAUUAAACAGAACGUAAAUGAAAUAAAGGGAGAAAUUACACACAUUAAACAAAUAAAUGAAAACUUAAAUUUGGAAGUGAAAAGCCUAAAGGAAAAUUUUGAAAAUCUUAAAAGCACAAAUAUAACUUUAACAACAAAAAUUAACAGCCUUGAAAAAGAACUGGAUUCCAUACAUCAACAGCAAAAUUCGCAAAAUAAUACAUUAUCCCAAAAGUCGCUUAAUCUUAACUACUUGGACCUCAUAAUGGAGCUUGAAGACCGGUCUCUGCGCGAAAGGAAUAUCAUCAUUGAGGGUAUUUUAGAAACUGACUCUAAACAAUCUUCUACCCGCCGUGAAUAUGAUUCUAAGGAAGUUAUGAAACUAUUAACAAUAGUAAAAAGUGAUUGCCCAUUACCGAAAUCGGUUUUUAGGCUGGGAAGAUAUGAACAAGGUAAAAGUAGGCGGCUUAAGUCUUCAACGGAGAAGAACGCGACGGAAUACAACAGUUUGCUUGAUCCCUCCGUGUUGUCGGACUUCACUACGCAGGCGCUAGUCUUGACAGUACUUGCUACUUUAGUCAAAUACACUUCAGAUGAAGACGAAAUAAGAAUAUUAUAUCAAUACUUGGCUGAAGGCUCUAUCGUGUUCCCCAAAGUUUUUCCAGUCAUACAUAGCCUAUUGGAUAUGAAAAUCAAUCAUGUUUUAAUGCACUGCAGCGAUCAAGUCAUUUUAAGCGCAGUACAAUGUAUUAUUCAGAACAUGAUAGCCUCGGAGGACGCCAGCCAGCAGCAGCUGCACUAUAUGCAGAGUUGUGGCUUCGGCGGUCUGUGGCGAUUCGCGGGGCCGUUCACCAAGAAUCAAUGCACAGCGGAGAGUAGCGAGCUAUUCGUGAAUUGCCUAGAGGCGAUGGUGGAGACUUGUCUACCUGGUGACGAGCCACCCCCGCGAACACCACCACCAGACCCUGAUCACAUCGACGCUGAGAGAUAUGUUGCAGGUGGACAUCGACCUUCAACAAUAUACUGCCCGGGACAAGAGCCAUAG